GCCACUUUAUUUACAGUAUGGACAUAGUGCUAGUCUUUUGUUUUUUCCUGGAUGCCUCCACACAAACUAGUGAGAAGACGGAAAUCUAUGCAGUCUCACCUGUACAACUUAAAAACCGGCUAAGUAACAUUCCUAUGCAAACAAGCAGCACCCUAAACUCCUCCUAACUCCCGGACCAGUUUGCAGUUGGUGAAGUUGGUGAAGAGAAUACGCUGCUUGGGGUUGAGAGUUACAGAACUUGGAGUUUAGAAAACUUUAAAAUGGCAGAACCUACUCCACGGAAAAGUGAGCGUCUCGAUUCCAUCGCUCAGGAGAGAUUUACAUAUUUUAAAAAAGAAGAAUUUGAAGUAGACUGGGAGAAAGUGUCAGAAGGCAAGUUCAGCCGCGUGUACAAAGUCAAGCUCAAGCUGUGGCGUGAAGAGUGUGCCAUUAAGACUUUUAUUACCUCCAGUGAUUACAGGAACAUGUUGCAGGUCUCCAAAAUAGGGAAGAUUAAAUUUAAAUACUUGAUGACUAUUUACGGGCUGUGCAAAGACUCGUCUGCGGCGGUGAUGGAGUACAUGAGCAGAGGAUCUCUGGAUAAUCUUCUCACAACUCAUGCUCUUAUGUGGCCAAAGAAGUUCCAGAUGAUCCAUGAGGUGACCAUGGGCAUGAACUUCCUGCACAGCAUGAAGCCACCUCUCCUCCAUCUGAACCUCAAGCUAUCUAACAUCCUUCUUGAUGAUCAUCUUCAUGUUAAGAUUUCAGAUUUUGGGAUAAUUAAAUGGGACGACUCUUCUAGCAAGAUGGCAUUCAUUGAGCAUUUGGCAGCAAGGGGAAACAUUAGCUACGUCCCACCAGAGACUUUCAGCCAGAACCCUGAGCCUCCUACUUCAAAAUAUGAUGUUUACAGCUUUGCCAUCGUGAUGUGGGAGAUUCUGACCCAGAAGAGGCCGUACUGUGGAAUGAAUAUGACUGAAAUAUUGAUCAGAGUGACAUCUGGCAAAAGGCCCAAUGUGGAGAAGGUCCCAGAUGACAAGCCUCGUGAGUGUGAGGAGAUGAUCGGCAUAAUGCAGCGAUGCUGGCGCCAAGACUCGAGCGAACGGCCGGCUUUUUCUGAGACUGUGUGGAUGACCGAAGCUCUAAGUGAAGCCCUGAAACUCCCAGACAAGAUUCCAGACAGGGAGAUGAAGAAGAGGUCACAUAAAAUUGAAAAGUCUCUGUCAGCCUUGCAGAGAGGAGACUCAAACGAUAUACCUGAUGGACAUUCAGAUAAAGACAUUGUGUCUUACUUGAAACGCAAGGACUUUGAAACCUUCAAGAAUGUCUUAAAGAAGGAGCAUGUCUCAAUGCUCUUCAAAGACAACAACUCACUCCUUCACCAUGCCGUCGCCAGCGGCAACACUGAAAGCGUUAGGCUGGUGUUAAAUCAUGGGGCUUCAGUGAACUGCCAGAGUGCUAACGGAUACACACCACUUGUUGUCGCAUUGCUGAAGAAGUUUCACGAGAUCUGUGGCCUACUUGUGGAAUGCGGUGCCGACGUCAACCUCGCUGAGCGAGACCUGUGGACGCCGCUGCAUUUUGCCUCGCAGAGCGGAGACGACCGGGCUGUUCGCCUCUUACUGGAUGCCAAAGCCACAGCUAAUGCGAAAGACAAAGACGGAUGGACGCCUCUUCACCUUGCUGCUCAAAAUGGUCAUGAGAAUGUUGUGCGCCAUCUUCUGUCUCGUUUGAGCAACGUAGAUGAACAAGAGGAGCAAUCCGGAAGGACGGCACUCCACACGGCGUGCGAGUACGGUCACCUGCGCAUAGCCAAAAUCUUACUGGCCAAAGGAGCCGACCCAAACAGGACAGAUAACGCUCAAGCCACGGCGCUGCACCUAGCAACCGAGCAGGGCCACUUCAGGGUAGCACGGCUGCUGGUGACCAGCGCGGCAGAUGUGAAGUGCAAAGACAAGCGUAGUUACAGCGCCCUGCAUUUUGCAGCCCUCCGAGGCUGCACAGGCAUCUGCAGGCUCCUGCUGAGUCACGGCGAGGACGCCGAUGUCAUGACGUGGCAGAAAUGGACACCCAUGCACCUGGCGGCACUUAAGGGACACUCAGAGACGCUUUUGGUUCUGGAGGAGAACGGCGGCUCUGUGGACGCGCAAGGUGAAGGAGGGUGGACACCGCUGCACCUCGCAUGCCACCACCGACACGAUGAAGUUGUCUCGGUGCUGAUAAACGCCGGUGCCAACCCAAACAUGGCUGAGGAUGGAGGUUGGACACCGCUGCACUUGGCGUGCCACAACAGCAGCUUUGCCAACGUGCUCUUGCUCAUUGCUGGACAUGCCAACGUCAACGUGCAAAACAACAGCAAGGACACACCGCUGCAUCUGGCUGUGCAGUCAAGCAGCGUUCCGAUUGUCAAAGCCCUGCUGAUGAAUAAUGCAGAUAAGGACAUAGUCAACUGCAAAGGAUAUUCACCAUUAGAUGUGGCUCAGCAAAGCAACAAUGAGGAGAUGAUGCAGCUACUGCAGCACUAGAAGACUAGGUGAGACAAGGUGACUAGGACAGACAUUCAAAUCCACACGUAAUGGCAAAUAACAACAGGCAGUGGAAAAGGAGGAAGGGCUGCAUUGAUCUCGCAUAUUGAUUGUGGCGCUCUGCAUAUGUUUUUUUUUUUGGUUAAAAGUGUUCCUAUUGAUUUGGUUCAGGGGCAUUUUCAUAAUGUGAUGAAAAGGCCUUCCUCAGGUAUUGCUCACCCUUUAGUGAAUAAAUUCUUCUAUGAGCACUUCCUCUAAGCUGCAUUUGAUAUGUUUUAGUUGAAUAUGAGUUCAGAACAUUUUUGUAGUGUCACAAUUAUAUAAACUACCAUCCAAAGGAAUCUCUUAGUACAUCCACCUAGAUUAUCUCUUCCUCUGCCAAGGAAUGAAAGGAAUGGAGGUCAUUCAUAACAUUCCAUUCCUUUAAAACUCAGUACAUUGCACAGAGUGUACAACUGCUCUGACUGCAUUCUUCCCUCUGCUGCUUGCCUUAUACAGAGAGCCAGUGAGCUACACUUUAAACAAUUGCACUGUUGUUGUUGUUUUUUUUUUUUCUAAGAAGCUUGAAGACAUAAGAAUGCACUGGUUAAACGUACAAACCUGAACUAUUGAAAAAUCAACAAAUUCGAAUGAACAGCAGCAAUUUGCGAUUUGAUUUGAGUGAUAUCAUGCAAAAAUAAUAAACACUUACUCACCCCUUUUUAACUUUUCAUAUGAAUCAAAUUGUUCCUAAUAUCAAGUGUGAGAACAUGUUGAAACGUGCAGUGAAUACACACUGACUCACAGCAGCUCCCGUACAAGAGAAAUCCUGCUGAUGCAUUUUUAUACGGCUUGCUCUUUGUGACGUAUCAGAAACGCAUUCAUGAGCAAUAAUAAUCAAUAAAGUAGUUAUCUCUUUGUCCAUUUAAUGGACGAUCACGCAUCUAUCAUGCACGAUAUACAGCCUGCUGCUGCUGUGCAGAGAAAAGAGGUGCUGGUAUGAGAACCAAAGCAGGAUUAGUGUAUAAGAGAAGGAAGGAGAAGGCUGUAAGACUAAGGUCUAUAAUAUGACACACCACUUCCAAAAUGUAAUGUUGUAGCAUAGUAAGCAAUGUAAUGUGAGUCACAGAAACAAGUGAUGAAGGUGAUAUAGUUCAUUACAGUUCUUACGUGUAAAAAAAUAGUACACCUCUUUAAGCUGGACAUAAGGACAUGAGGUUAUUUUUGUCCCAAAAUUUUACAUUUUCUUAUCAAAUAAAGUUUCCCAAGAAAUUAGGUACACUUAUGAUACAAACAAUACCUCAUAUUUAAAAAGUUUUUUUUUAAAAUGUACCUUUCUUAAUUCUGUAGACGGAUUGAAGGCCCUAGCGAAGGAAUUAAACCCUAGCCUCCACAUGUUUUUCAAACUAAACCCAAAUGCAGUAUUAUAUGACCUUGAUGUGUGAGACGCUGUUCGGAUCGGAGGUUUGUAAACGUUGCUAUGAGCUCCAUAGAAACCUCAACGAGUUCAAAAGGAUAAAGGAGCUGGUUUUACUGUUUGAAAUGCAACCCAGUGUCAAGAGUGCUUCUUCCAGCGCUGUUAUAUAACAUCUAAACGGCAGUUCCACCCUUCCAAGCGUGAAUGAAUUUGCUUUUUUUUUUUUUUGGUCAAGAAAAGACCAAGCUAGAGCCGACUUCGUUGAUGAAACAAGCCUUAACAACAUGCAAUUACGUGUUAUUACAAAGUGAGUGUGCCAGGAGAGGAUAGGAGAACUAACUGUUUAGCUGUAUUGUACAUUACAUUAUAAUAUACUAAGAAGAAUGUUUUCAGUGUUUACACUAAGAGUGGCAUUAAAAUCUUUAAUAAUAACAACAAAACCUUAGCUUCCUGAUGCUUAGUGACAAUUUCCCCCAAAGGAGAACCAGAGAUAUUGAUUGUGUCUAGACUGUUGGCUUUAGUGAGAGGCUUUUUGUAUUAUUCUUGUCAAAUGCUAACUAGAUGCCCUAUUAAAUCACAGCACUAAAAAUCCAUUCCAGUGCCCUGUGUUAUGGGGCGAUUUUUUUGGUAUAUGGCUGUGAGUUUUGGUAUACAUCUUAGACGCUACAGGAUUUGUUCAUAGCACCACAGAAUCUACUUUCAGGUGUUAAUGAUGGUGUUCAUACCAUCAUAUUUAUACUAACAUGUGACCAUACACUGAGAUGCUUGUGGAAUCUAUUUAUUACACACUAUUUAUGUAGAGAUGUGUGUGUGUGUUUUAAUUGAAUCCUUUUAUAUUGAGGCAUAACUAUUUCAAUCAUAUGCUUGAUUUUGAAGUCUGAACGAUUUUCAUCCCCUUGAAAACCUCUUUUAUUCUCUGAAAUUGGAAAACGUAUUAUAUUUUAAACAGGUUUUCAAGGUCUUUACAAAAAAAAAAAAAAAGAUUAUACAAUCUAAAAUAUCACUUAUAUGGGAACUGUUACAUUUUGGUGAAGGAAAAAGGUGUAAUGGUUUAAAAAGAAAAAAAAAAUCACAUCUUGCAAUCCUCAUUGAUCUCUCACCAGAGGAUAUUACCCUCACAAAUCAUCUCUUCUUAAAACAGCACGCUGCAUCUUGCUCCAAGUGAAGUUAAAAUGAACCCCAGUGUUUCCAGACUUUAUAGUUAUUUAUGAUUCUAUACAUAUGAGUCUUUCCUAUGAGUAAUGCAAAACGAUGCUGUAUGUGACACAAAUAAGCUUUACGUCUAUGGGUUUUUAAAUCCAACUUUGUAUGAAAAUCUCCUUUUCCAUAAUAAUACAAAGACACCCAAUAAAUCAAUACUUAUUUAGGAAUUAUAGAUAGACAUGAAUCCCAGCUAUCACCUCAGAUGAUUGUCCAGCAGACUAGACGAAUUGCUUCUGCUCGUAAUUUGUGACAGUGCAGGCGCUGCUAAAUAAAUAAGUGAUGUGCAGCUUGGGCUGAGUGGAGUGCCGGGCACGGUCUGUCGGGAGUGGUCUUAUUAACACAUUAGAAAAACAAACACAGCACCUGCCCCAGGCUCAGCUGGCCCAGUGUAAUUGUCUAUAUAGUGGGUGAGCCUCGUCUCACUGAGCAUGUGAUUAUAGGCACUGCACUGUGGGAGCUUCCUCUGCCUGCCACUUUUUCCCCUCAUUCCUCCUCAUUCCUCCUUAACAGCAAGCUUUAAGUUUUCCCUGUAUCACUGAUAUAUAUACACUCACCAUCCGCUUUAUUAUGAACACCUGUACACCUCCACAUCCAUGUAGUUAUCUAAUCAGCCAAUCAUGUGGCAGCAGCACAGUGCAUAAACAUUAUGCAGAUACAGGUCAAGAGCUUCAGUUUCAGUUCCAUCAAACAUCAGAAUGGGGGAAAAGUGUGAUCUCUGUGUUUAACCAUGGCAUGGUUGUUGGUGCCAGAUGGGCUGGUUUGAGUAUUUCAGAAAUUGCUGAUCUCCUGGGAUUUUCACACACAACAGUCUCUAGAGUUCACACAGAAUGGUGAGAAAAGAAGUAUUCAUUCAUCCAGUCAUGAAAGAGAACAGAAGAGAAUGGCCAGACAGGUUCAAGCUGACAGGAAGGCUAUGGUAAAUCAAAUAAGCACUCUUUACAGCCAUGGUGAGCAGAAAAGCAUCUCAGAAUGCACAGCAGGUGGAUAGGCAUCAACAGAAGACCUCGUUGGGUUCUACUCCUGUCAGCCAAGAACAGGAAUCUGAGGCUAUAGUGCGAGCAUCACAAGCAUUUUCACAGCUGGUAUCUGAUUAUAAACUGAACUGAUGCUUAUGUCUGUUCCACUACGGCAUGUAGCUAUCCAACAACACGAUCAAAGUGUGACAUUCAGUGUGUGAGGAAAGCACACUUAGCUAGCAAGGUUUUAGAUAUAGUCAGACUGACUGUUUUUAUCGCCACGUUUGUUAACCUGGAUUCUUACCAAACAUGGAUGUCUGCAGAAAGCCUGGACUGUAUUAUAAAUUAAGUUGUUAAAUUAAGUUAUUUUGGUUAAAUAUAUUGAUUGUUUCUGAAAGCAGAAGUAUGUUAUUGGCAGAAAAAUAAAAUGUCGGCUUUUUUUUUUUUUUUUACAUUUCUUUGGACAAUUUUGGCUGUUUGACAUCCAAUGAGUUUUCCUAUGCCAUUAUAAUAUUUGUGACACUUACUUGGGUAGUAGUCAGGUUUGAAAUGAUAUUGAAGCAUUUAUAUUGUAAGAAAUUAUGUUCAUGCAUGGAAUUUUAAGGUGAAAUGCAAUGCAUUUGCCAGCAUAUGAGAAUAAUACAUAAUUGGAACUGGGUCACUAGAAGAGUAAAUGGUAAAUAUGCACCUUGUGGGGUCAGUUACACCAUGUUUUAAAUCCAACCUUACUGCUGAAAAAAAAAAGAUAUUUAACCUACUCAGUGUGACUCUCACUGCAUUUUUAAUUCUGUAUGCUGGGGCUGGUGUAUGUGCUUAAGCUUUUCUCUGUUGUGCAGGACUGGGGUGUAUCUCGUUUCUGCAAACCCUCUACAGAGUACUUGAACGUAUGUACAUGUGAUAUUAUACUUGUGGUCCAUUCAGCAGGCAGCUGCUUUGUAGAUAUCAGUGUGGAGCAGCAUUCGUGCAUUCCCAUGAUAAAGACCAUCCCAUUCAGAAUGCAGUAAAAUACAGCUGCCCUCUACAGCACCUUAAUUUGGCCAAAUUUGCAUCUAGUAUCACAUCCUUCCUUCUCUGUGAAGGCAUUUUCACAAUUCUGUUCACAGACAUGGAGCCCUUGAAAAGGCAAAGAACCUGAUGAUUAGAACUGGCGCUCCAAUACACUCGUGCAGUUUACAUACAGUCAGGUCCAUAGGUAUUUGGACAGUGACACAAUUUUCAUAAUUUUGCCUCUGUACACCACCACAAUGGAUUUGAAAUGAAGCAAUCAAGAUGUGAUUGAAGUGUAGAGUUUCAGCAUUUAUUCAAGAAGUUUAGCAAAAAUAUUGCAUUAACUGUUUAGGAAUUACAGCCAUUUUUUACAGAGUCCCUCUAUUUUCACAGGCUCAAAAGUAAUUAGACAAACUAACAUGAUCAUAAAUAUUAGGAUUGUUUUUAACUCUUGGAUGUCAAUGACUGCCUGAAGUCUGGAACCCAUGGACAUCACCAAAUGCUGAGUUUCCUUCCUUGAGAUGAUCUGUCAUGCCUUUACUGCAGCCGCCUUCAGUUGCUGCUUGUUUGUGGGUCAUUCUGCCUUCAGGUUUGUCUUCAGUAAGUGAAAAGCAUGAUCAAUUGGGUUGAGGUCACUGGACAUUUAAGAACAUUUAAUUUCUUUACCUUAAGAAGCUCUUGGGUUGCUUUCAUGGUAUGUUUUGGGUCAUUACCCAUCUGUACUGUGAAGCGCUGUCCUAUCAGUUUUGCAGCAUUUGACUGAAUCUGAGCAGAAAGUACAGCUCUAAACACUUCAGAAUUCAUCCUGCUACUUCUAUUAGCAGUCACAUUAUCAAUAAACACCAGUGACCCAGUUCCAUUGGCAGCCAUACAUGUCCAUUCCAUAACGC